AUGCGAUAAACAAAACAACAUUAAAAAUUACUUCAGUAUGGGGCGACAUAAGAAUGUUGAUUCGUUUUAUUUGUGUCAAACAUACACACGUAUACCAAAACAUUUAUUGCGUGAUAAUGCGAAUUUGAUAAUCAUGUUUAAACAAGAUGAUCUGAAUUUAAGACAUAUAUUUAAUGAUCACGUUGGAUGUGACAUUAGUUUUGAAGAUUUCAAAAAAAUUUGUCAUGAAUGCUGGAAGGAAAAGUAUGGAUUUCUAACGAUUUCCAAGGAUGACGAAAUUCACUCUGGAAGAUACAGAAAAGGCUUUCAUAUAUUUAUUCAACCUUAAUAUUAUUUAAUGUAUUUGCAAAUGUUAAUUUAUAUUAGUGCACCUACAGCCAUGGAGGAGGAAAUGCUGAAACGGCUUGUUAAGUCCAGAAAUGUCUUGAAAAAGAAAUUUCAAAGCAUUAAAAUGGGCGAAGAAGCUAAAACUACAGAAUUGAAAAAUACUUUCAAACCGAUAACGGAGCCAAUAAACAAACUACUAAAGCUUUCAACUGAAAAUACUUCCAAAAUGAUUAUGCCUAAGAAAGAGAAAAUGGAAAUGUACAGAGAUUCUAUUAUUACAAGUACACCCCUUAAGAAUUAUAAACCAGAUGUUAAGUUAGAUUCCAAUGCAUUGGAGGGGUUAAAGCAUAGAGUAGAUUACACACAAAAUUUCGAUUCCUUUAAUACAACACAAGACGACGACAAAUUUUAUUCCAACAAUGAGGAACCUAUGAAUCUAUCAUUCUUGAAGAAAAUUAAAAAACUAGAUGUAGUCUAUGGUCCACACAAAGAUAACAAUGGAGAAUGGAGAUUUGGGGACCAACCACUCAAAAUAAGCAAUGAAAAGAUUAUGAUUGGAAAUAAAAAUUGGGCAUUAACACCCGGUUUGUUUGAACUGUUGUUUUAUCAAGACCCCAAGAACUAUGAUCAUACAGAACUCGAUAUUUACAAAACAAUAUUAUUAGACACAAAUGCGCAUAAAAUAAACUAUGAAUCUAAUGGACGAAUAAAGUCCAACAGGGGACAAAAAUAUAAGAAAAUAAUAAAAAAUAUAAUAGAGGAUACUCACAGCGGCAAAGGCUUACUGACAAUAAAUCCUGGUAAACCCAACUAUAUAUACUGGGACGAUCCCAACGAAUUGAUAGAACGAUUAAAGCUGUUGUUGGCAUCACAACAAGCCGGAAACAAUAACCAUACUAAUGAAAUUGUUUCUAUUAUCGAGGAACUGCGAGAAGGAAAUAUAAUAUAUUAAAUAAUACUCUCAAGGAGCAUACAACAUAUGACUGUUGACAAGUUUGGACAUCAUUACAAUCAAAAAAAUCAAUCAAUAGCAGUGAGAGAAAAUGUUUCGAGAUUAUUGGGAGUCAAUAUUGAUGAAGAUAACAACCUUAACGUGCAAAAUAAAAAGAUUAGGAAUGUUUCAUCUCCAGCAGAAGGAGCGGAUGCGGUCAACCAAGCAUACGUACAUACGCAAAUCAAGCACAUUCAAGAAAUUUUAAAGAAAAAUUUCAUUCAAGAGUGCACCUUCCUAAGAGAAGAAAUAUCACAACUCAAACGUUCACAAAACGAAAUAUUUAAAGCCUUAUCGCAAGCUCCAUUCAACUCACCAGCUUUAAUAUAUCAUACCGAAUAAAACAAUGGAAAAGCGGGGUUUGGUAAAUGAACUUCAUCAUCAAGCACGAAAAAACUUUCCAAGACGAAGGGUUAUUACAAAGGGUAUUGAUGAUCUCUGGCAAGCAGAUUUAGUUGAAAUGGGCAGUUACUCAAAAGCAAACAAGGGGUUCCGAUUUUUGUUAACUGUCAUCGAUACAUUUUCGAAAUUCGCAUGGUGUGAAGCCCUUAAAACAAAAACGGCAACGGAUGUUUCUAUGGCUUUUGAAAAAAUCUUACAAAGAGGAAGAAUUCCAAAAAAUUUGCAAACCGAUGAUGGAAAAGAAUUUUUCAACACAGAUUUUAAAAAACUAAUGCAGAAAUAUUCCAUAAACCACUACUCCACAUAUAGUGUAUUGAAGGCCUCAAUUGUUGAGCGUUUUAAUAGAACUUUGAAGUCGCUAAUGUGGAAGGAGUUCAGUUAUAAUGGGAAUUAUCUAUGGAUUGAUGUUUAUAGAGAAUUGGUUAAACAAUACAAUAAAACACCUCAUCGAACAAUAAAAAUGGCCCCUAUUCAAGAGACAAAACUUUCGUGUGGGUGAUCAUGUACGCAUUAGCAAAUAUAAACAUCAAUUUGAAAAGGGAUACACGCCAAAUUGGACUACGGAAAUAUUCAAGAUAAGAACAAUAAGAAUAACAAACCCCGCUACUUAUUUAUUAGAAGACUAUGAAGGAAAUCCCAUCCAAGGAUGUUUCUACAAAGAAGAACUUUUACCCACAAAAUAUCCCAACACGUAUUUAGUUGAGAAAAUUUUAAAAACAAAAGGUAAUAAAGUCUUGGUUAAGUGGCUGGGAUUCUCAGACAAACAUAAU